AUGAUAUAUACUGAAGAGUUGGAGAAAGAAGAAGAUAAAGAUAUGGUUAUGUUACAUUUAGUCAGAAGAAACAACAAGAGCUUUUAUGACUUAGCUAAAAUAUAUAAAUCUGACAGAAACUGGUUCUAUCGUGAAAACUUACCGAUUUCAAUGACACCGAAUGAGCAAAUAAAGGAAAUUGUCAAAAAUACUCUUCCUCAAACACACUAUGACAUCAAAGGUUGCACAAUACUUACAUUCAAAGAAGACUUAACAUUACUGAAGGAAAAAAUAACAGAAUAUUUCGAUAACUUCAAAGAGGAAGAAUAA